GACUAGAAUCCUUACACCGGCGCUACCAUGCGUCCGGACCAGGCUGUGUCUUGGUAUCGGCGCAUGUCCGCUGUCUACGCAUUUGGCACCUGGACCCUGUUGGGCUCCUUGAUUUUCUUCGGCAGGAAAAAGAGCAAUCCAUUAGGUGAUGAAGUAGAACAAAAAGAUGUCUCAACAGAUGAAUUUCCUGAGCCAAGUGAUGAAUUAAAGCAAAGGGAUGAAAUAACUGAGCCUCCAAAAGGAUUUUACGUGGAAACCAUUGUCACAUACAAAGAAGAUUUUGUUCCAAUUACUGACAGGAUCCUCAACUAUUGGAAAUCAUGGACUGGUGGCCGUGGACCAGAAUCAUGAUUGACUGCAGAAUCUGAAAACCAGGGCUUUGUUUCAGGAUAUAAAUUUGAUAGAUGCUUUGAUUUCCAUUUUAAGUUUGUGAAAAGUGUAUACACUUAAUUUUACUGUAAAAUAUGGUCACUAAUAAUAUGCAAUAAAUAUUUCUUUGAGGAAAUGUAAACUUGCAUAUUCAAGAAGUGACCCUCUCUGCCAGGCUGGUGUGGCUCAGCGGAUUGAGCCUCACUCCAUGGACUGAAGAGGUACCGGUUCGA